AUGCCAGCAAACAUAACUGAUUCAGAAGAAGAAGAAGAAGAUAAUUCUUAUGAUUAUAAAAAUAAAAUAUAUUAUCGUGAAGUUGACAAUAGAAUUGAAGGUACAACACAAUAUAUUAAAUCACUUGGGAUAACUUAUCGACAAAUUUCAAAAGAUGGUCAAUGUUUUGUUAAUUAUGAUGAUCAAUUAUUUAGUGAAAAUAGUUUAAUUAAAAUUCGAAAGAAACUUUUUCGAGUUGAAUCUUGUUUAUUGGAACGUGUUUAUCAUGCAUGUGGUCCAAGAUUACUUCUUAUGUUAAGUGUUGUUUGUCGACUUGUCGAACAAAAUAAAGCAUCAGAUGAAAUUUUAAAUUUAAAACGAUCAACAAAUUUAUUAUCGAUUUAUGAAAAAGAUUCAACAGCACGUCGAAUAAAACGUGUUAUUGCAGAAUCAUGUUGUGAAAAUCAUUGUACAGUUUCGGAAAUUACUCGAUACUGUCAUUAA